AUGGUUCCUUCAAACAAGCUUGCAGAGAUUGGAAUUGAAGCCUUCCAAUUGUUGGAGGAGAGCAUAGGCCCCGUUCGUAAGGCAAAGAUGCCUCUGCAGUCAACAUUUCAACAACAGCUUUCAAGUGCACAAGGUUCUUGUUAUACAAGGGAAACUAUGGAAUGCUACACGGCAGCCCAGAAGAACAAGGGUGUGAUAAUGGUUGAGUAUUUCGUUAAUAAACCUGCCCCGGUGGUAACGCCAGUACCUCGAAGCAUUCUUGUUUUAGGCUUAGCUUUGCUCUCUUGCGUGGCCGAUGGUGCACUUCGCCACCAUAUUGGUCUCAGUGACCAUCGUAGCCUCAUUGAUGGUAGUGGUGCCGCGGUUACAGUUUUUGAUGUAACAAAACACGGUGCCAAGGCUGAUGAUAAGACCGAUAACGCAGAGGCAUUUAUCCAAACAUGGCGGGCAGCAUGUGAUUCAGGUGCUCCAGCAAAGAUGGUUAUCCCUGGAGGGACAUUUUUGACAAGCCCUGUCGUAUUUCAAGGGCCGUGCAAAAGCACAGAGCCUAUAGUUUUUGAAGUACAGGGAAACGUGAAAGCUACUACUGAUCUCAGUGAAUAUAGUUCAGAACAAUGGAUCUUAUUUGAAAUAAUUGAUGGUUUAACAUUGAACGGUGGAGGAACUUUUGAUGGGCAAGGCAGUGCCGUCUGGAAGUACAACGAUUGCCAUCAAAACAAGGAAUGCCAGCCACUUCCCAGUUCCAUUAAGUUGAGCAAAGUAAACAAUGCUCUUGUUCACGAGAUCAGCUCUGUCGAUAGCAAAUAUUUCCACAUGCACGUUACAAGCUGCAACAGCAUUUCGAUCCACAAUAUCAAUUUGACUGCUCCUGCUAAUAGCCCAAAUACAGAUGGUAUUCACAUAAGCCAUUCUGAUGGUGUCCACGUAACAAGCAGCAAGAUUGGAACAGGUGAUGACUGUGUUUCCAUUGGACAAGGAUCCACAAAUAUUCUCAUCUCUCAAGUCUUUUGCGGCCCUGGACAUGGCCUUAGUGUUGGAAGCCUUGGCAAGUACAAGAACGAGGAGGAUGUGAGCGGAAUUGUUGUGACUAACUGCACAUUGUUUAACACCACCAAUGGUGUGAGAAUCAAAUCAUAUGCUGCAUCUGACCCUAGCCAAGCUUUAAAUAUCACUUUUAAAGAUAUCACUAUGGAUAGUGUGAAAAAUCCCAUUAUCAUUGAUCAGAAGUAUGGUUCCCGCAAUGGCCCAUCACGAGUGAAAAUUAGCAAUGUUCAUUACCAGAACAUCAAAGGCACCUCAACUUCCGAUGUUGCUGUCAGUUUUUCGUGCAGUUCAUUGGUUCCUUGUCAAGGAGUAGAGCUUGUGGACAUCGAUUUGGCCUAUAUCGGCCAGAAAGCAAAGAUGCCUCUCUCAGCUUCAUGUUUGAAUGCAAAUAUUGUUAAAUCGGGCGGCAAACAGAACCCAGGAUGUAAUUGA